AUGUCAGGUGAGUCAACCCACUCGUCGUCUCCCCCGGAUCGACAGUCAACUCUCAGUCAUACGUCUGGCUGAUUGCUGACCGAUCCACUCCGUCGUGUGCUCCCGUCCCCGUUCAGCCAAACUCUCCCGCGAAGAGUUGUAAGUACCCGUACACCAUCCACACUCGCGCCGUACCUCAUCCCCCCACCCCUACUCACCCACCCCUUUUACCCCUCUCCCCCUUUCAAAAAAACAGCCGUCGUCAAAAGGAUCUCGAUGCGGCCCGUAAAGCCGGUACGGCCGCGCCCGCCGUCGACGAAGAUGGUCAAGCGAUCAACCCUCAUAUCCCCGAGUUCAUGUCGAAAGCUCCUUGGUACAUGGCCCAAACCGAGGGACCGUCGUUGAAGCAUCAAAAGGUGAGCGUAGCGUCGCGCAUGCGCUGAGUGGUUGCAGUCAGCCACAUCGCGUAGGGUACUGACUCGCUUCUUCUAUACGUGGGAAUGUACCUCAACAGAUGCUCGCGAGGGGUAAUGAUCGUGAUCCGGGUAAACUAAAAUCACGAUAUGAACGGGGUGAACGAGCGGUGAGUAACGCACACAUACACACAAUCGAGCUGGGUGACUUGCCCUUACGAACGAACGCUCACCCUACGCUCACCCUACGCUCACCCUACGCUCCACUCAUCCCUCAGGCCCCGGCAGCGAACAAGUUCCGCAAAGGCGCCUGCGAGAACUGUGGUGCCAUGACGCACAAGAAGAAGGACUGUCUCGAACGACCCCGCAAAGUCGGCGCCCGUUACACGGGCAAGAACAUCGCCGCCGACGAAAUCAUUCACAACGAUCGCGUCGGACUCAACGGUCUCGAAGGACAGGGCGAUUUCGAUGCCAAGAGGGAUCGAUGGGAUGGUUAUGAUCCGGCUUCCCAUCGCGCUGUGGUGGAGGAACAUGAGGCCUUGGAAGAGGCGAGACGCAAGUUGAGGGAAGAGGCGAUCGAUAAAGGCUCGGCAGCGGUCGAUGAUAAAGCCGUCAAGAAGGCCGCUCGCGCGGGCAAAGGCAACAAGAAGAAGCAAGACGACGACGACGAUUUUGGGUCGUCCGACGAAUCAGAGGCCGAUAAUGGGGAAGGGGACGAUGAGGACAAGUACGCUGAGGGCGCGGAUGUGGCGGGCCAAAAGGUCGAUACCAAGACGCGUAUCACGGUUAGGAACCUGCGCAUCCGUGAGGACACGGCAAAGUAUUUGAUGAACCUCGAUAUCGACUCGGCUUACUACGACCCCAAGACGCGUUCGAUGCGAGAGGCUCCCAUUGCAGGUGUACGGCCGGAAGAUGUACGUGGACAUCGCUACAUGGGUUCAUCAACGACUUGAGCUGACCACAUCACUUUCUCCGGUAGGCCGUCUUUGCGGGAGACAACUUUGCUCGCCACUCGGGAGGCGCGAUGGACGUGCAAAAACUCCAACUCUUUGCCUGGCAAUCCGAAUCCCGAGGUAACGACGUGCACCUCAACUCGAACCCGACCCAAUCCGCUCUCGUACACAAGGAAUUCAUAGAGAAGAAGGACAAACUCAAGGAGACGUCGGCGGCGUCGAUUUUGGAACGGUAUGGUGGGGAGGAACAUCUGGAGAGGGCACCGAAGGAGUUGUUGGGCGGUCAGACGGAGAACUAUGUCGAGUAUUCGAGGACGGGGCAAGUCAUCAAGGGACGGGAGAGGGCAAAGGCAAAGUCCAAGUACGACGAGGAUGGUGGGUGCUCUCAGCGCUUUUUCGUUCAGUGUGGCGGGCACAAGGAGCUGAUCUCCUCUCGUUGAUGCCUACAGUCUACCCUGGCAACCACACCUCAAUCUGGGGCUCAUGGUACAACACCCUCACGGGCCAAUGGGGCUUCGCGUGCUGUCAUUCGUCGGUCAAAAACUCGUACUGCGCCGGACAAGCCUCGAUCGAAGCCGCCAAAGCCGAAGCUACAGGAGGGUUGGGCCUCUUAUCCGCCAAAGCCCCUUCGAACGCCGCACCGACCAAGACUCUGAUGCAGAUCAAAGCGGAUAAGGACAAGGAAGAGAAGGACAAGUUGAAAGCGGCGGGAGGAACCAAGAGGAAAGCGGGCGAGGAGGCGACCGACGGAGCGGAUCGGAAGAAGCAUUUGGGUGGGGUGACGGAGGAAGAGAUGGAAGCGUAUCGCAAGUCGAGGAGACAGGACUUUGAUCCGACUGCGGAUUUCUCCGGGGAGGAGGUGCUGCCCAUGUAG